CGGCAGGUGGCGGUAAUGCGCCUUACACUGUAGGUGCCACCACGCUGGUAAACAACAAAAAGAAGAAGACUGAGGAAAGAGACGAAGAAGAAGAAGAAGUGUGUAAAGAUGGUUGCGGCUGUAACGAAGUCAAAUCUGGGUCAACUGACAAGCUGCUGCUCUUCACUUCCAAUGUUUCGUUUGAAAAACGUCCGGGAACUAACAUGGCUGCUUGUCGCCGUGUGUGUGUUGACGGGCCCGUCGCUGGCCGACGAGCAGGAGUUCCUGGAGGAGUUUCUGAAGCGGGAGUAUUCUCUCACCAAGCCUUACCGUGGGUUGGGCUUCUCCAGUUCCGCUCAGUGGGAUCUGAUGGGAACUGCCAUGGUGACGCCUGACCAUGUGAGGCUGACCCCAGACCUGCAGAGCAGGCAGGGAGCCGUGUGGAGUCGAAUUCCUUUGGUCUUGCGGGACUGGGAGCUAAAGGUGCAGUUUAAAAUCCACGGCCUGGGAAGGAAGAAUUUGAAUGGGGACGGAAUGGCCAUCUGGUUAACCAGAGAUCGCAUGCAGAAUGGCCCUGUAUUUGGUAACAUGAACCACUUCACUGGACUUGGUAUAUUUAUGGACACUUACCCCAACGCAGACAAGACCCAUGAUAGGACUUUCCCAUAUAUAUCAGUGAUGCUGGGGAAUGGGACUCUGUCAUAUCAACACGAUCAAGAUGGACGCCGCACUGAACUUGGAGGGUGCACAGCCCUGGUGCGCAAUGCGAUCUUUGACACAUUCCUCCUCAUCAGAUACACCAAAAACAGACUCACGCUCAUGGUGGAUGCAGAUGGGAAGCAGGAAUGGAAACACUGUGCUGACAUCACAGGACUGCGGCUACCUACAGGAUACUUCUUUGGAGCCUCCUCUGCCACUGGAGACUUAUCAGAUAACCAUGACAUCAUCUCCAUGAAGCUUUACCAGCUGACAGUAGAGAGGACUCCAGAGGAGGAGAAGGAGGAGGAGGAGGAGGUCAUCAUUCCCAGAGUUGACCACAUGGAACAGUUUCAAGUUGUUAUCCAGGAGGAAGGGAUGAGCGGAGUCCAGUUCUUCUUCACCCUCCUCUUCUCCAUCCUGGGGCUGGGUGUGCUGGCAGUGAUAGGACUGGUGCUUUACGGACGCUGGACGGAAAAGAGACGUAAACGCUUCUAUUGAUCAUCGGCCAAUGAUCUGUGUAGGUUUUCAGAAUGUAUGUUGCUUUAUCAACAUACGUGACAACAAUGCCAAGACUGCCAUAGCUUUACUGAAACCAUACAAUCAAAUGAACAAUGAGUGGACAACCUUGUGGGUUCGAGGCCCGGAAACAGACAUAAAUUAGCCGAGAUGAACACGUGAAAAGAUCAUGAACAGGUAAGCCAGCUGUAGAAAAUUCUUUUCAGUUGCUUUCAGACAUGGACUGAACUCUGGAGAUUCUCUGGAGUUUCUGUGGAGGAGGUGUAUGUGUGAACGCAAAUGUCCGAGUGAGAGCCCCUGGAGUUUCUGCAGCCUUUCUCCGCCUUGCUCCCUAGUAUCAAGUGUGUGGGGGGGAUUUCUGACAUGCAACAGACGCAAAACAAAAAACACCAAAUUCUCCAGAUGACAAAACAGUGUUAUACUCGUAGAAGACACCGACAAAGAUGUCGAGAGCUUUUGGUGAUGAGAGCUGAUGUUGACGUGCCGUGAACAAAAACACGUGAUCCCUGCAGCAGAAUGAAUGCGUUGCGUCCUGCCUCUGUCUGCUGCAUCACCCCUUCACCUGAAUUUUAUGCUGUUGUGAACAUUUCAGAGCAGAUAAACGUGAAAGGUAACCUUUGGAGAAUGUCCGCACCCAAUACUCCAGAGUUCCUCCUGAAAUCAUGUCUGAAAACAGCUUUAGUGUAAUGGAAGACGGAUGAGACAAAGCUGCUCUUGUAAAAAAUAAAAAAGAUACAUAUUUACAACUCAACUUGAAACACAGUGGGUUGAAAAAUCCCAUCGCAACUGACACUGUAGAUUUCAGGUGAUCAAAAAUAUGAGAAUCGAUUAAAAAAUCAGAUGCUGUGUUGUUGACCGUCACCAUUUCACAGGGUUUCUUGGUACAGAAGUGUAGUUACCUAUUACUUCCACUUGGUGCUGCCAGCGUGCAGCUUUAAUCUGACCCGUAGCUGCUGUGAAGACCAGUCAACCUGUGAUCACAGAUUCUUACUGCGCCGAAGAAGCUGCACUGAGCUCCUCCGUGCAUUCGAGAGCACCAAAUGAAAGCCAGGCGAUGCACUUUGAUCAGCUUGUGUGACAAUUGGGUUAAACUUAGCUGUUUUUUUAAAUGUACAACCAAUGACGCCUCACAAUAUGUUGUACAGUAAAAGAACCAUCAGAGUUACCAGUGCUGUUUAAGUGCCUAGCCAGGACCAAUAAAUAUGAGCUCUUACGUUAUAUUCCAGCUCUUUCUGCAGUUUUUAGUUCCCCUUUAAUUUCAUCUCAGAUGAUUUGACAGUCACUCUCUAAGGUUACUAACACUUCUUAGGUGCUGUUGUCACUUGAGCUUAGAAAUACACUGUCUUUUAGUAAAAUCCCUAACUUUCUCUGUAGCACUGAAUUACAUCAACUUCUCAUCAAUAGAAAUAUUUCAAUAUGCUAUGAACUAAUUCAUUUAGUCAUUAUGUUGCUUUAGCAUUUGAAUCUGGGAUGCACUGUGAAUUUGAUAGCCAUAUGCAGGAUCAUGUUGUUGUGUUAGAGUAAAGUGAAUAUGAAUGCUGUUUAGUGUCUAGAUGUGUAACCUGUGAUUUAUCUGUUCAAAUGAUGCAAUACAAGCUAGUGCCUUACACUUGUCCGGCGGCUGCAGCGCUGUCACGGCUGCUGUAGAGACAAUUAGGUGAGCUGGUUACUGUGAGCUGUGUCUUAACUGUGUAAAUGAGGAGCUUUGUUUCUGUAAUCAGGGCGGAGCAUCAGGUAAACUGCAGACAGGCAAAGUGACAGUGGAGCAGCCGUGUAAGAGGACAAGUCUUUAGAGAUUAAUGUGUCCGCACAUUUAGAAAUCCAUUGAAAGUCCGACUGAACUCAAACUAAGGGACAGUAUCAUCUGGAAAUCAGUUGCAUUGCUGAACAUUUGACUUUUUGUAAAACACAGACUCUUAUAAAAAUCCUGCAUCGUAACUUUCUUGUAUCUUAGCAGACAGAGUGAAACUAGUUUUACGAAGCCCAAGAGGGAAGACUACAGUUUUUCAGUCUUGCCCUGGUGAUCUAGAGAAGGGACAGGAUGCUAAAGUACAGGCAAAAAGAAUUAUAAAUAUUUGUUUCAUUAAAAAACUGCAAUGUGUUGAUUUUAACAAAAGCCCAAACCAACACUGGUAACGUGUCUGAUCAAAGUGUUUGUGUGGACGUACACAGAGGUGACACAGCCACAUCCACUGGACACUUUCCAAACAGGCCCUUUUCACUGCAGCCAUUUUGACUUGCAGCAGGUAAAGUUCAGGAGUUACUGAUAACAAACUGUUAAAAGCGUGACAGUGUGACACUGUGGCAGCAUGCACAACGACAGGACCCUGACACCGAAGCAGCUCAAUGGAAUUCAGGCGUCACUCGUUUUGCUUUCUUGUGUUAUACAUGACAUGAAUAGAGCCUGUGUGCAGCCGGUGCCUGGAGUCACCUCAGACCUGGAGCCUCAGUCAGAGAUGACGCGUUGGCUGCAGAGGUCUCAGCUCACUUUUAUCUGACUCCACAACCUUCGAUUUAUUUACAGACCUGGAGCCUUCAAGCUCAACGGUCACUUACAUCACUUGAGGCAAUUCAUUGUAAUGUGUUAAAGGAGACGUCUCGUGUGACUUCAGUUUUUCUUACCUGGGGGGAUGGAGGGGGCUGUAGGAGGAAAGUGAACAUGUAGACCUUUUCAAAUAACUCCAAUCAAAAUAAUGAACCUGAACAUUAGCACAACACGUCUCCUUUAAAUGUGCAGAAUUAAAAUGUCUUAAAAAUACUAAAUGUGUCCUGCUGCAGAAUGACUUGAGCAUCAGCUUUAGAGGUAUUCAUUUUUGCAUGCGAGUCACUUUAAGGCAAACAGAGGCCGGUUCCAGUUCCUGUGUUUUUAGCUAGAAGAUACAUUAACACUUCUCCGCCAGUUCUGUGUCAUUCUUCCAAACAAAAUGAUCAUGUUCACGAGGAGGAGAAAAAAAAAACUGAAAAACUACUGUUGAGGGUUCAAAAUUCUGUU